AUGUCUCAAUAUAAAGAUACCACCGUCUCAGUGGCUCCCUUAGUGUUGUUGUCCGUUGUUGACCACUAUGAAAGAAUUUUGAAAACACUAGCUACAUCAACGAACAAGGAUAAUAAAAGGGUUGUCGGUGUUAUCCUAGGGGAUGCUUCGGAUAGGCAGAUGGUCAAGGUUACAAAUUCGUUUGCCAUCCCGUUUGAAGAGGACGAAAAAGAUCCUAACAUCUGGUUUUUAGAUCAUAACUUUAUCGACUCUAUGAUGGAGAUGUUUAAAAAAAUUAAUGCCAAGGAAAAAUUAAUUGGAUGGUACCAUUCAGGACCCAAGCUCAGAUCAAAUGAUUUAAAGAUAAACGAAAUCCUUAAGACAUUUAUACCGGAUCCUAUUCUUUUGAUAGUCGAUGUUAACAGUACUGACAAAAUUGAUAUACCAACAGAUUGCUAUGUCGCAAUCGAAGAUAUAAAAGAGGAUGGAUCAUCGAGUGAGAAAACUUUUUUGCACCUACCAUCUGUGAUUCGUGCUGAAGAAGCAGAGGAGAUUGGUGUGGGUCAUUUAUUGAGAGACAUCAGGGAUCAGGCGUGUGGAAACUUGGGGCUAAAUUUAACAAACAACUUUAAGUCCCUGUCCUCACUCAGCGAGCGGUUGGUAAACAUUGUGAGCUACCUUGAUAAAGUAAUUUCCGGCAAACUUCCAGUAAAUAAUACUAUCCUUGGAAAAUUACAGGAUAUCUUCAAUCUUUUCCCAAAUAUAUCCGGGUUUUUUGAAGGCGAAGAAUUGGAUACAAAGAAAGACACAGAGGAGGAAAUCAAAGAUGGCGAUGACAUUGAAUUGGUGGGCUCUGAGAAAAAACAGCUAACAAGUGCUUUCAACGUUAAGACGAAUGACCAAUUGAUGCUUCUUUACGUUGGAAGUUUAGUGAGAUCUAUCAUAGCAUUUCAUGAUUUAAUUGAGAACAAGAUAGAGAACAAGAAGUACAACGAAAGGGACUCAGAGGAUGAAAAGAAGGUGGCAGAAAAGCCGGAUGAAACUGAUGGGGAGGGUGAGAACGUCAAAGCAACGAAGUCCGAGCAUUCCACUGGAUCUAAUUAA